UCUUCCAUAUGGAGGGUCUGGCUGCCUCGAUUCCAGUGCCUUUCUCCUCUCCCUGCAGCAGUUUUUUCUUCCUCUUCCGCUGGGCUUUGUAGGAAAGCUGCAAACUCUUCCUAAAAGCGACCAGCUCCCAAGUACAACAGCUUCCCUUCCAUCCCUAAACCAUCUCCAAACAGAUCCUCAACUCCAGCCUUGGUUUGCUGUUAUCCAGGGUGCCUCACGAAGUUGAAUCCCAAUCCAUAAGUCCUCUGGGACAUCUUAUGGGAACCCCACUUAUUAUCUUUUGCUCCAGACUCCUCUGCAUGGGAUGACCAUGAUAUCAGGGGGGGAAAGACCAAUGACUGCUAUUGCUUAUUUGCUUUUGGCAUGUGCUGGCUACAUUGCAAAUUUGGGUGAAUCUCUUCAAGUCACUGUCCAGCCUGCCUCUGUUGUCCAAAAGCAUGGUGGUUUGGUGACCCUGCGAUGUGUGGUCGAGCCUUUGAGGGUAAAUGUUACCUGGAAACUGAAUGGAAAGGAGCUGCUCCGCUUGGAUGAUGUUCUGGGGAUCCAUAUUGAUCAGAGACUGCUCACCAUUGCUGCCUUAAACAACCAUACUGUGGGCCAAUACCAGUGCAUGGCCCGCGUGCCUGAAGGUGCUGUCGCCAGCGUCCCCACAGUGGUGACAUUAGCCAAUCUGAAAGACUUCAAAUACGAUGGUCAGCAUGUGAUAGAAGUUGAUGAGGGAAACACAGCUGUGAUUGCGUGUGAUCUUCCUGAAAGCCAUCCAAAGGCCCAGGUUCGCUACAGUGUGAAGCAAGAAUGGCUGGAGGCCUCCAGAGACCACUACUUGAUCAUGCCAUCUGGGAAUCUUCAGAUCGUCAAUGCCAGCCAGGAUGAUGAGGGAACUUACAAGUGUGCAGCCUACAACCCUGUCACCCAGGAAAUAAAAACAUCUGUGUCUAGCGAGAGACUCCGUGUGAGACGCUCAACAGCUGAGGCAGCUCGCAUAAUUUAUCCCCCAGAGGCUCAGACCAUCAUUGUGACCAAGGGCCAAACCCUCAUCCUUGAAUGUGUGGCUAGUGGGAUUCCACCUCCACGUGUCACCUGGGCUAAGGAUGGCUCUAAUGUCUCUAGCUACAACAAGACACGGUUCCUUCUUAGCAACCUCCUAAUUGAUGCAAUUGGUGAGGAAGAUUCUGGGACCUACAGUUGUAUGGCUGACAAUGGAGUGGGUGAAGCUGCAGCAGCAUUCGUACUCUACAACGUUCAAGUGUUUGAACCUCCAGAGGUUAGCAUGGAACUAUCACAACAAAUCAUCACCUGGGGGCAGAGUGCAAAGUUCACCUGCAAGGUCCGAGGAAACCCCCAGCCCACCGUUGUGUGGCUGCGUAAUGCAGUUCCUCUCUUCUCCAGCCAUCGGAUACAGCUGUCUCGCAAGGCCCUCUGGGUCUCUAGUGUGGGGCCUGAGGAUGAAGGGAUAUACCAGUGCAUGGCAGAGAAUGAAGUUGGGAGUGCACAAGCCAUGGUACAGUUGAGAACUGCCCGACCUGAAACAACUCUGAAGCCACAGUGGGGCUCCGUUGCCGACUCAGCUCGGUCUGCCAUGUCACCCACCAGGCUUGCCAACGGUGAAAAAUUGCUGAAAGACAAAGCCAUCCUCUUAAGACCCAGGCCUACAACACCAGCAGUGCCUGUCCAGUGCACCACCAAAGAACUGGUGUCUCUGGCUGAGGCCCCUGUCAUCCUUAGCUCUCCACGGACUACCAAAACAGAUUCGUAUGAAUUGUUGUGGAGACCACGGCAUGGUGGCAGAGCCCCUGUCCUUUACUAUGUUGUUAAACAUCGCAAGGUGAUGAAUUCUUCAGAUAACUGGACAGUCCGGGAUGUCCCUGCCAACCAGCAUCAUCUGACCCUAACAAAACUCGAUCCAGGAAGUCUCUAUGAGGUGGAGAUGGCUGCUUACAAUUGUGCUGGAGAGGGCCAAACAGCCAUGGUGACCUUCAGAACUGGACGACGACCAAAACCAGAUAUUAUUGCCAGUAAAGAGCACCAGAUUCAGAAGGAUGAUCCAGGCACUAACUCUCGGAACAGCAACCAAUCAGACAAUACUCGCCUAUCCCCUCCGGAGGCUCCUGAUCGUCCCACGAUCUCGAUGGCAUCUGAGACAUCCGUCUAUGUGACCUGGAUCCCACGUGGGAAUGGUGGCUUCCCCAUUCAGUCAUUCCGAGUGGAAUAUAAGAAACUGAAGAAGACUGGGGACUGGGUGCUGGCUACAAGUGACAUUCCUCCUUCUCGUCUCUCUGUGGAAAUUACAGGAUUAGAGAAAGGCACAUCCUACAAAUUCCGGGUGCAAGCAUUGAACAUACUGGGGGAGAGUGAACCGAGUGCUGCAUCUAGACCACAUGUAGUAUCAGGCUACAGCAACCGUGCAUAUGAGCGUCCUGUUGCAGGCCCAUACAUCACCUUCACUGAUGCCAUCAACGAGACCACCAUCAUGCUGAAGUGGAUGUACAUCCCAGCCAGCAAUAACAAUACCCCAAUUCAUGGUUUUUACAUAUAUUACCGACCAACUGACAGUGAUAAUGACAGUGAUUAUAAGAAGGAUGUGGUAGAAGGUGAUCGGUACUGGCAUUCUAUCAGCCACCUACAGCCGGAGACAUCAUAUGAUAUAAAAAUGCAGUGUUUCAAUGAGGGUGGAGAGAGCGAAUUCAGUAACGUGAUGAUCUGCGAAACCAAAGCUCGCAAAUCUGCCGGGCUCCCUGGCCGUCUCCCACCAUCUACAGUAUCCACAGUGCAGCAUCCACCACUUAACAGUGGCCAUAAUGCCUUAGGGGCAGGGGCCAUGAUGGCUCGCUCCAGUGAUCUGCCCUACUUGAUUGUAGGGGGCGUGCUGGGCUCCAUCGUGCUCAUCAUUGUGGCUUUCAUCCCAUUUUGCCUUUGGAGGGCUUGGUCUAAGCAAAAGCAGACCAUAGACCUUGGCUUUCCAGGAGCAGGACUGCUGGUGUCAUCUUGCCAGUACACCAUGGUGCCACUGCGAGGGGUCUCCACUCCUCAAGCUAAUGGACUGCGCUAUGCAAAUGGUGUGCAUCUACCAGCACAUCAUGGAGCCAAUGGGCAUUUCCCCUCAGCUACAAUUGGCUAUCCUAGUGCAAAGCCAAAUGAUUACAGCCCAGAUGAGGUUCAUCAGAAUGAAACCAAUGCUUUUCUGCAAGGGAGAGUGCUGCAAAAUGGAAAUAUUCCAGCUGAACAUCAAAGGUCCCCCAGUCCUGGACUAGAACACAGUUCCUUUCUGUACGGGCUUCCAGAUGACUCUACACACCAGCUGCUUCAGCAACAUGAGGACUACCAACACCAACACCAUCAUCACCAUCAUGAACAAAUCCUUGGCCUGCGUCACUCAGUGCAACAAAACACGAAGGGCAGCUCCACUAUGGAAGACAUGAAGAAUCCUGUCUUCCAUACAGAUUCCACCUGCUGCCUUGGUCUAGUACCAGUUGAAGACGUAGAAAGGACAGAUCUCUGCCAGGAUAGAAGACAAAUGUGGCCCCAAAAUCCAGUGGACACGUGCUUGAGAGAAAGCCCACAGAAGCAUGCGAACAGCCUGCCACUGCAUGUUCCCUUAGAUACUCUUCCGAGCACCAGUUAAGGAACAAAAACUGCCUUACAAAGACUUUUCUAAACAGAGAAAUAGUUAUUUAUUUUUGUAUUACAUCUCUAUUUAUAUAUUUAUGCACUUGUAAAUAGAUGUGUAUGUGCCUUCUAUAAUUACGUUGAGAGAAAUGGCAUCACGUGCAAAUGUUUGAGAGGGAAUAAACUGGGGCAAAGACAUGUGCCUUCAUCAGGUUAUGGACUGGAAAAGGCAGUUUUCUAUUCUGCACCUGAGAAGGCAGCCGCGCUACCUUGCAGCAACAGAAUAAGCACAAGGCCAAGGGCCGCAUUCUCCAGCUGCAAAAAGGUAGGUCUCUAAUGAUGAGAGUGCAGAAAAGGGUCAUUUCUUACCUCCCCGUAGGAGGAAUCUCACUGCAGAAUGCCAAAUGAAACAGAUAUAAAGUAGGUACAAUACUUAUCUGCCUUAACAAGCAAUAUACACAUACACAGGUUCUGUGAUAGUGUGCCUGUAAUGAAACAAAUGCCAUGCUUUAUCAAGUAAAUAAAGACUGUUU